GAGGACCGGCAUAGGAGAGCGAAGAGAAACCUGCCGAAGCUCACGGUAAUAAAACUCCGGUAAAUCUGAUAAAAGGAAAAAGAAAUAAAAGAAAAAACAAACAAACUGAAUUUCAAGAAUGAUGACAAAAGUCAGCAUUUACUGCGCUGUACUGGUGCUGCUUCUAAACCAGAUUGGAGCUAAACCGGUGUCCCACCUGCAGACCCUUACGCAGCUCUUGGAAGAGGAACGGAAUCCACCUUAUCCCGCCUCAGAAGAGGCUGAGGGAGAAGGAGACCUGACAGCAGAAAAUGGUGCCUACAACACGGCAUCAGAAUUGCCGUGGAACCAAAACUCAAGGGAUCUCGAGCAGUCUGCGAACGAGGACCUGAUGCUGCGCCUCUUCAGCGAUAUUCUGACAUCCUCCAAGAGAUCGUGGAGGAGGAUGAAGAAAGGGAGCCUGAGGAGCUGCUUCGGAGUCCGGCUGGAAAGGAUCGGCUCCACAAGCGGACUGGGGUGCUAACCAGGCCGGUUUUGCCGAGCCCAAGGAGUAAACUCGGGAAAGUCACCUUACACAAUGGACGUUCUUCUACUCAUUCCAGAAAGAAUGGCCUGAAAGUUUACAGCAGUAUUUAUUAUGAAAGUAUUUAAUAAAGAUGUAAUGUGUUUGUUUUCAAUUGAAUUGUUCUAGUUUAGAGAUGUAUAUAUUUUAAAUGAAGCUAUUAGGCUAUGAAGUCUAUUAAUAUUGUUUUAACUAUUUAUUCUUCUUGUACAAAAUACCUUGAAAUAUCUAUGGAAUUGCAUAAAAACAAAAUAAAUAUUUUGCUUAGUAAGUAAA